CAGACAGAGUGCUGCUUCCUUCUUCGCUGAAAAUUCGUUCUGCGCCGUACGGAUUUGGCCGUGCGCACGUUUUGACGGAUGCUGGGACGAUCUUUGCGCAGGCGUUAGCGCUUCUUUGCGAGAGAAGACAUGCCAGGGAAUGCACCCGCGCGACUGUUGUUACCGAUGGGGAAAGCGUCCGAAAAUAGCAAGGAAUUGUAAAUACUCCGCAUGCGUGUCCCAUCUGCCACCAGAUCCAGCGCACCUCUCCGCUUGCUAUCCUCCUUGUUGGAUGCUUGGGUAGGGUAAUUUCAGAAGAAUCUGCACAAGACGAGCGCACCUCAAUGGAUUGCGAUUGAAGACAGUUGCGCGGUUACCUCUGCAUCGCACAGGUGCAUUUGGGUCCGCUAAUCAAUAACCAUAGGAAUUGUACCGACGAGUGGUAUGGGGGGUAUGGCGAUGAAAUGCAACAGUUGUCCGGACCGCAUGCGCAUACUGCACCGCGUCGCCGGAUAGAGGCAGUUUGCAUGCGGGCAUAAUCAAAGCACGCGCGCGAGUUCACCCCCGGCUCCUGCCACGUGUCCAUAGUAACCGGCGUCGUCGACACAUUUGACUCUACGUUGUUGUCAGUAGGAAAACAGCUUUUCAGCAAGGCAGUUCGUUCGAAAUUGAAGCGGUUGUAGUGCAAAACAUUUUCCGAGCUUCGCGAGAAUCUUAUUCCCCACGGCUUCAAGAUGGUUGACACACAACCGUACAUAAUCCGCGUUAUGGAGGAGAUGGGUUUGGCCGAGGGUGGCUUCAUACCGAUUGCAAAUGAGGAGAACAAGCAGCUGCUCGAGCAGAUCAAUCGUCUGUCCGCGGGCAGGACGGACUCAGCGGGCAAGGUGCAGCUUAGUGACCAGCGGUUGGGCAAUCUGAAGGUGCAUCUGAAGAAUGCCCAGGUGGAGUUUGAGCAAAACUCCAAGCUGAUCGGUGUGGACAAAGGGCAAAUCACGACCGAGCACGGACUGCUGAAGGUGUCGCAAAACGAUCGCUCCUUUUACCGCCAGCAACUGUCCGAUGCGAAGAAAGAGCACUCGGAGUUGGAGAAGCACGAUGAGCGAGCUCAGGGAGACAUGAAAAAAUUGACCGGCAAUGUUGAGAAGUACACCGAGCGCAUAAAGUGGGCAAAAGGAGCAUUGGCCGAAUGGAAGCAGGUGAUGGGCGAUGGCGACAAAACGAACAAGCUGAUCCUGAAGUACUGCAAGCAAGAUGCCAGCAAGGCCGAAUCGCUGGAAGCGAAAAGAAAGCAGCUGGAAAACAAAAUUGCCACCCGGCGGGCCGUGCUGGUGACGCUGUACGAGGAGUACAAAUCCUUGGAGCAGGUUCUCGAGCGAACGUCGCAGCUUUUCCGUCAGGCGCACUACGAGCGCCGCCACAUGGUGCAGACGUGGAAGGAGGCGGUGAAGCAUAUGAACCAACGCGAGGGUGCCAUCAAAUCGGUGGAGGGCGAAAUCGACAGCGCCCACGAGGUGACGGAGAUGCUGCAGGGCGAUCUGCAGGCGCAGGUCGAGUUUCUCGAGCAGCAGCAACGCAACAACCAGGAGAUUGAGCUCCGCAUUGCCGAUCUUAAUGUGGAGGUGUCGAAGCUGAGGAACAGACUGACGGCGCUGAACGACAGUGUGCAGCUGAAGACGAACGAGUAUCAAAUAACGCGCAAAGCGGUGCAGAACCUCUCGAACAAGCUGGCCACGAUGCGGAGCCGGAACUGCCACUCGCUAGUCGAGGGCAAUGAGAAGGAGCAACAGAUCCACUCUAAUCUCAGCGAGCUCGAGCUGCUGCGCGACAAGCUUGAUAACUUCCGCAGCAAGAGCCUGUGCGCACAGGACCGGCUGCGGCAGUUGAACGAAAUUGUGGAGUCGGAGGAAAAGCAGAUCCGCGCGAUGGAGAACGAAACGGAGCGUCUGUCCACCGCACUGUUCCGCGCCCAGCAGCAGCUGUUCGCGAUGCGGGAGGAGGACAAGCUGCUCAAGGUGGAGGUACACUCCACCGAGUCGGGGAUGGCCAAAAUCCAGGCUGCACUUAAAAACAUGAAGAAGGAAAUUGUCCGCCAACUGGAGAUAUCGUACACCGUAGACUACAACAUGGAGAAGGUGCAGGAAAGGAUUGCCAACAUGAAGGGCGCCGGCAAUACCCAGGAGGAGGCCAAUCGAGCCCAUGCCAAGCUGACGCAUGCUCAAAACAUUCUGAUGAUGAAGCGGCAGAAUCUGGAGGUGCUGCUGGCGCAAACGGUUAAGAUCCAGCAGGACUACCGGCAGUCGAGCCUGGUCUAUCAGCAGGAUGCAGCCGAGAUCGAACGGAUGACGGGCAAGUGGAAGGAAAAGACACUGUUGGUGGAGGGUGGCGAGAAGAAGGUUCGCCAGUGCAAGGCCGAAAAUCAGGAGCGGCUGGUUGAGAAGAGCUUGCUCAAGAUGCGCAUCAAGCAGAUGGAGCGUCAGCUCGACAGCCAGAGCGACAAGAUGUAUACGCUCGAGCGGCACCGGAUGGAGCUGGAGGCCGCCAUCAACAAGCGCAUGGUGGACAUAACGGCCCAGAAGGACAUGCUGCAGCUGAAGCGGAAAUACCUCGCCGAGGAGCGGGCACAGCUGCGGGCGGACAUAUCGGAGCGUUCGCUAAAGAUCGAGCAGCUUCGCAAUCGGUACGACCUGUCGCUGGAUCUGCUCGGUAAGAAUGAGGAUGGGACGAUUGUGACGGCGACGCAGAUAAAGAUUCAAACGGCCCAGGAAAAGUACAUGCUGCUGCGGGAAGGCAGUGAGCUAAACGUGAAGAUCCUGAAGGCCGAGGAAGAUCUGAAGGCGCUGGAGAAUACGCUCAAGGUGAUGAACUACGCGAACGACAAGUACAAGCGCGGAUUCCAGAAGGUGGAGGACGAGAAUCCGGACAUGAUUGCGAUGGAAAACAUUCAGGCCGAUUACUGUAAGGCUGUGGCUGCGCUCAAGAGCGUUCGAUCGGAUCUGGCUUCGAACACGGAAAACUUGCACGAUCUGAACGAAUGUCGCGAGCAAAACGAUAAAGCGCUGGAACAGGCCCAGAAGGUGCGGCUGGACAGCAACGAUGUGCUGUUGCGCAUUCAGAAGGAGCUGCUGGACCAGCGGACGAAGAUCCAGCGCGCCGAACGAGAGCUCAAGCUGGCGAUCAAGGCGGCGAAGGCAAAAACGAACGAUGACGAUCUGAUGCUGAUAUUCCAGAAGGAUCUCAACCUGAAGGAGCUGGAGGAGCGCAACAGUAACGCGCUGCAGCAUCUGGCCGAUCUGGUGGAGCAAAACACGGAGCUGGCUGCGUCGGUCAGCAAGCAUUGCUACGAGCGGGGUUUGCGCUUGCCGUUGAUUAAGCGCACCAAGAGUCAGAUAUCCUGGCGGAGUGAAAAUUCCCACGGCACGGAGUACAGUGGACGCGUGGAUACGAUAUCUUCUAAGCAAGCCUCCCGACUUUCGAUCUGCACCACAACAUCUUCUCGCAAUACGGAUUCCUCGGAGGAUAUCGCCAAGUCCUUCGACAAUCGCAUGAGCGCUGGACUGUCCGUCAUUCUGAUCGACUUCCCCGGCAGCAAGGCGGCCGGUGGCAAAUCCACGAAGAAGUAAGAGAAUUCGAUUCGAUA